AUGGAGGCAGUCAGGAUGUCUCUGAAAAUGGAUGGAUGUUUUGAUGUUAAAAGUGUGGGAAUGAGUGGAGGAGAUUUCAAUGAAAUGUUGCAUCAAAAAGAAAAGCAAGGAGCAUCCAGCAGACCAUACAACCAAAUUGAAGCAUUUAGACAAGCUAUUGAGAGAUGUGGACUUUAUGAUGUGCAUCACCUGGGACAACACUUUACCUGGUCAAACAACAGAAGGGGUACGGAGUUUACCAAGGAAAGAAUAGACAAGGCUAUGGCUAACAAGGAGUGGAAAGAACUUUUCAGAGAUGCAGAGGAUGUGAAGUGGCGCCAGAGGGCAAAGCAACACUGGCUAAAACUUGGUGACAGAAACACACACUUCUUCCAUCAGCAGGCCUCUCAAAGAAGAAGAACCAACACAGUUAGAAGCAUAGAGGAUCAACAAGGGAGAGUAGUUGCUAACCAGGCAGGAAUAGGUGAAGUUUUCACAGGUUAUUUCUCCACAUUAUUUUCCACCUCUUGCCCCACUGGUUUUGAUGAAUGCUUGCAUGCCAUGGAGUCAAAAUUAACAGUUGAUAUGAAGUCUUGGCUCUCAAAGCCAUUCACCCGAGAGGAAGUCAGAGGUGCUGUGUUUCAGAUGAAUCCAUUAGGGUCAUCUGGACCUGAUGGUUUGCCAGCUCAUUUCUAUCAAAAACAUUGGGAAGUGGUGGGUGAGGAAGUAUACUCUUAUGCACUCGAAGUCCUCAACUGUAGUAGGUCCCUCCAAGAUGUUAAUGACACUUACAUAUCCCUUAUUCCCAAAGUGAAAAACCCCAAGAAAUUAGCUGAGUUUAGACCAAUAAGUCCUUGUAAUGUGCUGUACAAAAUUGUUUCUAAAACCCUUGCUAACAGAAUGAAAGGUAUUCUCCACAACCUUAUCUCAUUGAACCAAAGUGCCUUUGUCCCGGGUAGGCUCAUCUCAGACAACAUAUUAGUAGCUUAUGAAGUUCUACACUCUAUGAACUCGAGAAUGAAAGGAAAAAGAGGAUGUAUGGCACUAAAAAUUGACAUGAGUAAGGCAUAUCACAGGAUAGAGUGGAGCUUUGUUGAAACUGUAAUGGUUAAGAUGGAAUUCCCAAUUAGAUGGAUUAGGCUCAUUCAAUCUUGCCUUAACUCAGCAUCCUAUUUUAUUUUGGUUAAUGGAGAACCACAAAGGAAAUUCAUGCCAUCAAGGGGACUUAGACAAGGAGAUCCAGUGUCUCCCUACAUUUUCAUCAUGUGUGCAGAAGCCCUUACUUCACUUCUGAAAAAAGUUGAACAAGCUGGACAGAUCACUCCUGCACCUAUUGGAAGAGGCCCCAUCACAGUUAAUCAUCUGUUUUUUGCAGAUGAUAGCAUACUCUUCUGUCAAGCAACAACCAAGGAGCUUUCAUGUGUCCUCAAAGUCCUUGAAGUUUAUGGAAAGGUAGGUGUUAAAGCAACAAGCAAUUUCGAGAAGUAUUUUGGACUACCAGCUGUAGCAGGGAGGCAAAAAGUGGCAACCUUUCAUAUACUCAUUGAUAGAACCCGGGCUAGGAUGGUCAACUGGAAGAAUAAGUUUUUGUCAAAUGCAAGGAAAGAAGUCCUCUUAAAAGCAAUGUUACAGGCCAUUCCCACUUAUGCAAUGGGGAUUUUCCUGAUACCAACCUCGAUUACAAACAAGCUGAACCAACUUAUAAGAAAAUUUUUGUGGGGCUACAAUGAGGAUACUUCAAAGAUACAAUGGGUCAGGUGGAAUCAACUCAGCUACAGCAAAGAGGCAGGUGGUCUUGGUUUCAGAGAUUUCAGAAGCUUCAACUUUGCUUUACUUGCUAAACAAGGGUGGAGGAUUUUACAGAAUCCAUCAUCUUUAGCUGCUAUGGUCUUAAAAAAAAAAUACUUCUCAAAAUCUGGAUUGUUAGAUGCAACACUAGGGUCAAGACCUUCCUUUGCGUGGAGAGGAGUGUGUGCAGGUCUGAAAGUUCUAAGAGAAGGACUCGUGUGGAGAGUGGGCAAUGGGCACAAAAUUAACAUUUGGAAGGACUGGUGGAUAACUUCUUUUCCAUCAAAAAAAGUAGUCUCUACUCGACCAAUGGGUUGUGAGUGUGAACAGGUAAGUGAUCUAAUAGACAGUGACCUAAAAACCUGGAAAUAUCCUCUCAUCCAGGAGCUACUAUCUGCACAGGAGUAUGAAGCUGUAAGAACAAUACCCCUCAGUGUUGGGGUUAGGGAAGAUAGGAUGGUUUGGCACUUCACCACCAAUGGCCAGUACUCAGUAAAAAGUGGUUACCAUGUUCACAGACAAAUGGAAGCUGAUCUUCAGGGGGAGCCAUCUAGAAGAACACAAGUCAAGCAUGUGUGGAAGAGUAUAUGGAAGCUAAAGACUACUCCAAGUGUCAAACAGUUCGUGUGGAGAGCAUGCAGUGAGGCCCUACCAACACUAGCAAACCUGAAGAGAAGGAAGAUUGUAGCGGAUAGCAGUUGCUUCAUCUGCACACAAGCCACUGAAACCUCAAGUCAUGCCUUGUGGAGCUGUGUUGCUACUCAGGAUGUGUGGAAACAAAGUUGCAGAAAGGUCCAGAAAAUGACCUGCCAUAGUGACCUCUUUUUUUAUAUUUGGUCCAUUCUAGUAGAGAAUCUAGAUGUUGCUGAGCUAGAAGAGACUGCAGUUGCCAUAGAAGAGGUAUUCACCUUCAGAGAAUCCAUUGUAAUAGACCAAGGAACAAAGAAACAGGCUGGUGCAGCAGGGCAUAAGUGGUCCAAACCAAUGCAUAAUUUUUACAAGCUCAAUUGGGAUGCAACUGUUAGAGCAAAGGAGGGAAGAGUUAGGAUAUGUGUGAUAGUCAGAGACUACCAAGACAAAGUGGUUGGCACUGUAAGAGCUCAAAGACCUUUAAGAGGGACUCCUUUCGAUGCUGAGGCUUAUGGGCUGUUGGUUGCAGCUGUGUUUAACAGAGACCUGGGACUGCAACAGAGCAAAGCACUGGACUGGAGCUUUGAGGGGUGCCUGAUUGAAGAUGCAAAAAGGGUACUGAAUUUAAGUAUCAACUGGACAGUUUCUCAUGUCCAUAGAGAAGCAAACAUGGCAACACACCAACUUGCAAAAGUAGCUACAGAGAUGGCAGAGGAUGUCUAA